AGAGUGCUGAUGCUCGCAACUCUCACUUCGACUUCUCUGUCCAGGAGCCAGGAUCGCCACCGGAGAAGGCUGCUCCCCCAUGGCCACCCUUAAUGACAGCAGCUUUGACCCCAUAACCUUUGUCCUGACUGGAAUCCCUGGCAUGGAGGCAUCUCACAUCUGGAUCUCUGUCCCCUUCUGCCUGAUGUAUGUGGUGGCCCUCCUGGGGAACGCUUUUCUCCUCUUUCUCAUUGCCACGGACAGCAGCCUCCACCAGCCCAUGUACAUCUUCCUGGCCAUGCUGGCAGUAGCUGAUCUAAUGCUGUCCACAGCCACAGUGCCUGAGAUGCUGGCCAUCUUCUGGUUUGGGUCCAGGAGGAUCUCUUUUGAUGCUUGUAUUGCCCAGAUGUUCUUCACCCACUUCAGCUUCAUUGCAGAGUCCACAAUCCUCCUAGCCAUGGCGUUUGACCGUUACGUUGCUGUUUGUGACCCAUUGCGCUACAUGACCAUCCUCACGCCUUCAGCAAUAGGGAAGGUGGCCAUCGCUGCCAUCGUCAGGGGGCUCGCAAUCAUGUUCCCACCCAUCUUCCUCCUGAAGAGGCUGCCCUACUGUGGCCACAGCACAAUGCCGCACACCUAUUGUGAGCACAUGGGCAUUGCCCGCCUGGCUUGCGGAGACAUAACAGUCAACAUCUGGUAUGGCUUCACAACCACCCUCCUGUCCUCUGGUGUUGAUGUGGUGCUUAUUAGUGCCUCCUAUGCCUUGAUACUCCGGGCUGUCUUCCAGCUCCCUUGCAAGGAAGCCCGACGCAAAGCUCUCCGCACGUGUGGCUCCCACAUUUGUGUCAUACUCAUGUUCUACGUGCCAGCCUUCUUCUCCUUCCUCACGCAUCGCUUUGGCCACAACAUUCCUAGCUGGAUCCAUAUCUUGCUGGCUGACCUCUAUGUGAUUGUGCCACCCAUGCUGAACCCCAUUGUCUAUGGGGUCAGAACGAGGCAAAUCCGGGAGCGGGUUAUCCAUGUGCUCUCACAAAUGGGGAGGACCUGCUUCUAAGACUGAAACAUUGGCCAAACGCCAACGGAAGCCUUUUGUUGACGGUUGCUACAGGAUGAGAGCUGCCUGCUUGUCAA